AUGGAAUCCUUGGCUUACCUGGCAGACAAGCCAUUUGAAAAACACACGUUAACGGAGGUGCAGGCCAAGAUCGGGGACAAGCCCAGUCGAGCCGUGCGCCACCUCUUCUCCAAGGCGCUCAAGGAACACUUCGCCGAGUCGUCCAAAGAUCUGUUUGAUGUUACCACCAAUCUCGCCAACCAGAUUGCCACCAACAAGAAGGAAUACACGGAGACCAAACACAUGGCUGUGGAAGGAGUUGGUGCUGUGUUUGAGGUUGCAGGCGGGAGAAUGGUAUCGCUGACACCGCUCGCUGCAAUGUCGCUUUUGGCCGCCGCCAAAGAUUCUAAGAGUGCUCAUGCUGGCUACAGAUACCGUGCUCUUGUUGCUCUCAAGAAGGUGGUGCUCUCUACAGGUGACACUCUCGACGAGAGUCUAUGCAAGGACAUUUGGAAACUGGCCAAGAGCGCCAGUGCUGAGCUCAAGGCCCAUCGAAUCGCGCAGGCUGCUUUUGGUGUCUUGUCUGCGUGCGUGGACAGAGGUAUGGUUGCCAUCAAGCAGAGCGAGAUGGACAACAUUCGUCAGAUUUGCGUUAAGACGUUCGAGUCGGAAACCACACAGACACGUCUGGCGGCGUCUCAACUUCUCUCAGCCACUCUCUCGAAGAUCUACGUGCCCGAAGAUGGUGAAGACAAGCCCAAGGAGAAGCCCAAGGACAAAACCCUCGCUCUGAACUUGGAACAGGUGCUUCAGAUUUUCACGUCAGCAUACAUCAAGGCAGGACAGCUUAACAAGGUGCAGACUGGCCUCGUCCACGCUCUCUACCAGUUCAUUGUGGCUCAGAAUUUGCAACAGACGCAUUUCCCAUUGCUGUUGAAGACCUUCUUGAGGGACGUCUACCCUCCUUCGAAGCAGUCUGUGGGUUCUCAGCAGCUGCUGUCGACCCGUGAGCACGCUCUCUAUCUGCUGCUAACACCCCCCUUGUCCGAGUUUGCGCAGCAGUCGGCCAUCAAAACUGUCUUGGAGUAUCUGCAAGCGCAAAACUCAAACUCCAACCCCGACGGACCCCUUACCCAUGAUGGUACCCUUUCGGGUCUGUUGCUGGUUCAGGGUCUUGUCCAGAGGCUUGGAUCUGCCACUCCAGAUAUCAUCGAGCCUCUGUACAAGUUUCUGUCGCAUCAGUCGCGCGCUGUGAUCAUCGCGACUUCUCAAACGAUCAAGCAGGUAUGUCUACUACUUCCGGACAAACUGUAUCUGGUCACAGCCAAGACGAUGACGCUGUUGAACAAGGGUCAGGCCAGUAUCGGUCUGGGCAUUUGCCUGUCUACGUUGAUCGCCUCUUCCACGCCUGAGUCGCUCAACAUUGACACAAUCACCCGAGUCCUCUCCCUGUCCAAUAACCUGCUAAAGUCUUCGUCGUCGUCAGAGCUUUCCGUGGCAGUCAUUCAGAUCCAGAUUGCCUGGCUGCUUCUCAAGUCGCUCAUGUGUCUUGGACCCGCCUUUGUCAAGGUGCAUCUGUCGCACAUGCUGCUUCUGUGGAAGGGAGCUCUUCCCAAGCCUUUCACACGUGACCAGCUUGCUCAGAAGACUCCGCAGGACCUCGAGUUCCUAUUGUGCGUGAAGAACGCUGCACUGGGAGCCGUUCUGUCGUUCCUGAAAUGUAACCAGCAGCUGUUGACGUCUGAUCUCACCAAACGGGUUGCCAUCAUGCUCAACUACACUUGGGCUUUCCUGGAGAGCAUUUCCGAGUCUGUUGAGGUUGGCCAGGGAAGCGAGUAUUCUGCCGUGAAGCGACGUCUCUUGCAGUGCUACGUGCAGCUGGGGCGUGCAGAUUCACAUGCAUCCUUGCUUCCCCAGGCAGUGUCGUGUUUUGCAGGUACUGAUUACAAGGAGGAUAUUCUGCAGACCGCGAAAUGUGACUCUCUCUGGACGUCACGUGGUUUCGGUGUGACUUCCUUGGUUGAGAGAGACGAAGUGAAAGGCAUUGAGAAGCUGCUCAGCAAUCCUUUCCUCUCUCUUCCCUCUUUGGAGCAUGAUGUGGAAAUUCUUUUUGAUGAUAAGGUCGUGCCUGUGCCUCCUACUACCGGCAUUGUGGACAACUCGAUUCUCCUCUUCUCCAACUUGUUUCCCUUCCAGCCUGCUAAGGUGCAGGAGUCCUUGUUGGAACAGAUGCGAACCCACAUGGCGUCUCAUUCCAACAAGGCCACCUCUCAGCUUCGAGGUGAGGCUGUGGUUGUUAACUGCCUUGUAGCUCUGAACCUGGGACUAAAGAAGAAGGCCCGGUCGAUGGACGCUCGAGUGGUUGCUCAGCUGCUGGAGCUUCUCAAGGGUUCUAUCAAGCAUGAGGACUCUCGAAUCCGACGACUGGCCGCUGAGAAUCUCGGUUUGCUGUGUGUCUAUGGUGGUGCUUCCUUCGUCACGGCUCAGAUCAAGAAUAUCAUCGACCAAAUUGUGGCCGAAACUGACCCGCAUACUCGGUCCGGCUGCUCUCUUUCUUUAGGAUACAUUUUCCGGUUCUCUCAGCCCGGCCAUGCUAACCUGAAGACCGUAUUGGGUAUCUUGAUUUCCCUGGCCAAGGACCCUCAUCCUAUUGUGCAUUACUGGGCUCUCAAGGGUGUGGAUUUGAUUGUGGACUCGUCUUCUUUCAACCCUGGCUCUGCCUCUUCGCUCCUGUCUACCGUCACAGGUCUCUAUGUGGCUGAGAACCACGAUGAAGUUGCUUCGGUUGCCUCUCAGAACAUUGCUGCUGACCUGAACAACGUGCGAGUUCUUGCUGAGGUGCUUCAUGGUCUGGUGGUUGUCAUGGGCCCUGAAAUUGUGGUCCAUCGGGAGAUUAAGCUGUUGUGUGACUCUCUCUGGUUUGAGGAUCCCACGCAUGCCAUUUCCAUCGUGCAAGAAGCUCUUGUCUUCGACGUGUCCAUGUUCGAUCUUCAGGAGGUUACCGGCCGUCUGUUGGCUUACCUGACCCACGAAUCGUCAGCUGUUCGUGAUCUGGCCGUCCAAGCUCUACAUCAGCUCGUCAAGAUUUACACCAUCGACCUCUCGGGUAAGGAGCUGCAGAUUUGGUUGGUAUACAAUUCGACUCUAUCCGAGGAGGUGGCCAAGUUCAUAUCUGCAUGGGUGGAGGCUUCGGCUGCCGAUUCUGGCACUGGCCGAAUCCACUGGGUGCUUCGAAUCCAGCGUCUGAUGACCCUGAAUCUGAACGCCACCUCCAGUGGUCAGACUCAGCAUACUGAAGAUGAGAGUGCUGCCAUCACCGUUGGAGAGUCUACCACCGGCGAGCCUCUUCGAUGGCAAACUCGAGCUCUUGCCAUGGAGUCGCUCAUCAAGAUUAUGGAGGAAGCCAAGUCGACUCCAGCCAUUCUGGCAAAGAUUGGUGACAUUAUCCGACUGGCAUUUACAUGCUCAACGUCCGAUAUCGUCAAUCUUCGUCUUCUCGGUAUCAGACUGCUCUCUGUGAUUGUGUCUAUUGGUGAUAUUCCCGAUCCCGAGUUCCCUGAUGUUCCCCUGCUGGAGCAGUACCAGGCUCAGAUUUCCUCCGCGCUCUCACCCGCGUUUGGAGCUGAUUCCACCACCGAGUUGGCCUCCAAGGCCGUGUGUGUUUGUGGCCAGUUUGUCAGUAGUGGCAUUGUUAAGAACCUGGACCGACUACGUCUUCUUAAGUUUCUGACAACUGCUCUGACAGACACAAACACGCUAGAGUGUGUUGGAGACCUCAAGCCUGUGGGUCCCAACAACCAGCUGAAGCUGCGACUUGCCAUUCUCGCAGCUUGGGCUGACAUCAAAGUCCAGAGUCAUCACAAGGAUUAUCUGCGUGGCCUAGUGACCCAGUACCAGAAGCAGCUGACUCCUCUGUGGAUCACGGCCAUCAAAGAGUAUGCGCAGAUCAAGUUUGAACCUGAACCUGGUUUCGACAACCUGUACUCUUCUCUGUCGGGUCAGUCAAGACUCGAAUCAUACAAGGACACAUGGAAAGUGAUUGUGCAUGCCGUUUCGUCUGUCCCCGACGAGCAGGCGUCGUUUUUCUUUGUGCUGUUUGGUAUCUGUUUCGAAUACCUGACCCAUUCCUCUGAUCUGGAGAUUUUGCAUACUCUCCACAAUGUCUGUGUCUCGGCUGGUAAUCGCGUUUUUGAGCCUUCCAUCUUCUCUGAGCUGCUUGAUCUGUUUGAUCGUCUUAUGCUGACAGUUUCUCUUGAAGAAAAGGCAGUUUUGGCCAAGAUUUGCAUGCGUCUUUGUGUGUCCGGAGCCUCCCGAACCUCUUCCUCUGACGACUGGGACCACAUUACACAGCUGUUUGAGCUUCUUCGAGUGUGCAUGGUCGGAUUGGGAGGGGUCUUGCCUAUUUCCGAGACUCCUGUCAAGUCAUACCCUCAAGCUGAGCUCGCUCAAUUUGCUCAGGAGACCUUCACGUCUCUAUCUGCGAUGCUCCAGGCCUUCCCUCCUAUUGUGCAGGCCGAUCUGGUGGAGGUUUUUGCUCACAUCUACCUGAGUAUUCUGUCUACCGCCGAGACCCCCAUUCUGGCGUACAUUCAGUUCCUGCGUGACAUUUGUGACGCCAUGGUUACCGUGGGUGCUCAGGAGGACAUCUCAGCUCUUGUCACUGGCUUCGUGCGGGAGCUCGUGUCAAAGCACUCUGGUUCUCAGAGUGUCAUUUCUCUGACAACCGUCAUUACCAAGGUUCUUAACGUGCAGCUCAAUCAUUCGACCAUUUCCGACAUUGCUAGCAAGUACAUUGAGCUGGUCGACAGUGGCGAUAUGCAGACUGCUCUUGGAUGUAUUUCCGCGGUGAUGGGUGUGUCCAACUCGUCUCCAGCAGCUCGAAACCUGACUUUGGAGCUGAUCCCCCACCUAGUGAAGCGUCUCGAAGGUACGGAAACGCGUGCUCAGAUUGUGGACUUGCUGUUCAACUAUUCUGUAAACCAUGCUUCCACCGGCUCCUUCUCCAUCAUCAUGCCCAUUCUUGUCUGGCAUGCUUCUACGUCUUCUCGCUACGCCAACGAGAAGCUGUUGGAGCUGGCAGGCAAGGACCAGCAGAUUUUCCGAUCUGUUGUGCAAGCUUUGAGUCCUAGUCAGAAGCAGGUAUUGGAGCAGACCUUGCGAGGAGCCCAGGAUGAUGACGACGACGACGACGACGGCGAAUAUGAGGAGCCUCAGAUUCAGCUCAAGUCCUUCGCAUAA